UCAGAAGUCAGUGGUGUGACUGAGGGGUGCGGUCGUAUUUGAAUGCAACUUUUCAUUUGCGUUACACUAGCGCAGUUUCGUACGUACGUUCAGUACUACUCAGGGCUAUAACAGAUGACAACCCUAAAUACUGGAAAACUUAACACGGCUAAAAAGUAUUCUUGAUGCUUUUAUCAGUGCCGACUCGUUUUAGCGCGAGGAAGCACUCAAAUCGCGUGUAAAUCAUGCCUCAGGGUCCAAUGGAUUACAGCAAAACGAUGGCUCCACCGGUUCCGCCGCAUAAACCCAAAGUGACCAGGCUGGGAGAAACUCAGGAGCGGAUUCUCAAGUGUGUUCUUUUGGGCGAUGGAGCGGUGGGGAAAACAAGCCUGGUUGUCAGCUACACUACCAAUGGCUACCCAACAAAAUACGUCCCGACUGCAUUCGAUGACUUCUCAGCGGUCGUGCAGGUGGACGGGAGCCCGGUUCGGCUACAGCUGUGUGACACCGCUGGACAGGACGAGUUCGAUAAGCUGAGGCACUUCUGCUACCCACGGGCCGACGCCCUGCUGCUGUGCUUCAGCGUGGUGAGCCCCGCCUCCUUCCAGAACGUGUGGGAGAAGUGGGUGCCCGAGAUCCGCCGGCGGUGCCCGCUCACCCCCGUGCUGCUGGUGGGCACGCAGUGCGACCUGCGCCAGGACGUCAAGGUGCUGAUCGAGCUGGCGCGCCGCAGGGAGCGGCCCGUGCCGGAGGCCGACGCCCGCGCCCUGGCGGACAAGGUGGGCGCCGUCACCUACGUGGAGUGCUCCGCCCUGACGCAGAAGAACCUGAAGGAGGUGUUCGACGCCGCCAUCGCCGUGGGCCUGCGCCACGCCGACAGGCGCGACCGCAGGGAGCGGAAGGUCCGCAGCACGGCCGACAAGAUGAAGAUGCUCUCCAAGUCCUGGUGGAAGAAGUACGUCUGCGUACAGUGACCCACAGACACUGCAGUAGGGUGGGGUAGUGUGAGGCGGGGGACUUUUAUUCUGAAACGAGGACUCUUAAUCUUGAGCCGGAGACAGAGAAUGUCAGAUAUGACUGGGAUGGCCUGCCGUGAACACUGUAAAAGUGGAUAGGAUUGCUCAGAGGAGCUUGGCCUGUACGACUACCUAUUAGAUCUUCAAGUGGAAGGGCAUUCAUUCUUCUCAGUGUUCCAAAGAGGUGAACGAGCAGCAAGGGCUGUAUGUUGCUGGUCUCCGUGAGCUGAUACUCAAAGGAAACUGGGACAUUGAGUUUCUGUUUUCAGGCUGUGAUCAACUGACUCUAAAACAAAGCCAUGAUAUUUAAAGUGAAAUAAUUAUUCUUUACAUAUUCAUGUAAAUGAUGCGGAUAUAUCGUAUUCUUUUUUCUUUU